AUGCAACAUGCUAUGUGCAAGCCUCCAGAUGUUAAAGAAACUUUGCAACCGACAUCCGAAGAUUCGUCAGAUAAAAAGCCAAGUCAGAGAGCACGGCUGAAGCAAGCCAUCAAAGAUUAUGGAGCCACUAUCAUUGUAUUCCAUGUGGCAAUCUCACUCACUUCAUUAGGAAUAUGUUAUCUUGCUAUAUCUAAUGGUGUUGAUGUGAUCAGUUUGUUGACCUAUGUGGGAUUUUCUGAAUCUAUCACCUCUAGCAAAUUAGCUCAAGACGGGAGCACAUUCGCCAUCUCGUAUGCAGUUCACAAGUUGUUUGCUCCUGUUCGAAUCGGUAUAACCCUCUCUGCGGCUCCUUUUAUUGUUAGAUACUUAAGAAAAAUAAAAGUGAUCAAACCACCUAAAACUAGCUAAGAAUGCCGGAAUGGUAAUUAUUUAUUGUCUUAGAAAAUUUUUGUGCCUUUUCUUCUAUUCUGUUAUUUAACACGUAUAACUAUUUUCUUUUCUUUUCUAUAAAGC